GGGCAUAUGACUUUUCUUUAGUUGUGUACGUCACGAUGAUGGAAUGGAGGCAUUUAUAGCUAAAAUUGCUGUUUACAACUGGACAGAUGUCAAAACUUUAUUUUCUUCUACAUUUCUGAACCUUAAGGUCUUACUGAAGACCACCAAUAGCUUCAUUCUAGUUCUUGCAAUAUUGUUAAUAAUAUAUGUGACAGCCUAUUCCUUCCAAAAAGUUUGGUCCAGAGAGCUUAAAUGUCAAAAAACCACCCUUAAGACUGUGGACUGUCUCAAGCAUGGGACCUCAGACAUUGAGCUUCUACGUCGAAUAUAUGAGUCGUGUAAUUUCACAGCGUCCGGGUUGUGCAACAUUUGGUUGCAAAAAAUUAAUGACUGUAUUAACAACUCUUUAAGAGAGACAUCUAUUCACUUUACUCCUGUUUCGGAAUACACACUCUCCGAUGUAAAGAUUUCGGAUUUCGAAGUACGUAGCGAAGAUUUGCCUGGCUGGGUGGCUUUGUAUUUUUAUGUUUCCAUACCAAUGUUGUGUUUGCAUGGGGACGUAAUCACAAGUCAAGCAAAAUCAUCGCAGAAAGUGACACUAUCACUAAGGAACUACCACAUGAAGACGCGCUGUAUGUUAAAAGUUGAUGAUUUGGUCCUAUUGGAACUGAAAAUGCACUCUGAAUCUCCACCACAGUUCGAUUUACUAAUGGAUUCAGUAAUACCCUUAUCUCCAUCAAAAUUCAAACAACUACUCGUCGACAUAAUUUCAGAAUUAAUUGUUUCCUGGUCUCCAGGUGGUUCCAUACACUAUGGCAAAGAUCCAUUGGUGGCUUCAAUACAAACGGAUGACCAUUCAUCUGAUCAGAAUGUUUUACUGCAAAGAGAACACAAAGGUACAGAUUCCUCAUAUUCACUUCACAACUGGAUUGACAUCAAUGUCAAAACGCAGUCAUGUGAAUCCGAUCUCAAGGAUUUAAACCAGUCUCAAUCUGAAGGACAUGCUGAGGCAAAAACUGUGAUGCCGGGAGAAGAGUGUUCUCAGUCGUUAGCUCAGAAAGAUAAGUCAUUUACUCCAGUUGUACUCGCACAUAACGCUCGUUUACGCCAGUCUUUAGUAGCUCGCCAUGCUCCACGGCCAUUUGUAUGUAAAAUGAUCAGGUCGGCAUCUUGCUAUGGAGAAGAGGGAACAUCCAGUUUGGUUCAAGAGCGAGACUUAGGAAGUUUUGAGUCAGAAGGUGUUGCUGGUGCGAACUGUCGGGACUUAGGAUGCAGUAAAGUCGAGUCUGAGGUUCAAAUACGAAUGGAAACUAUCUCUGCUCCAUCUAAUAAAUCAGAGGCGACCAGUACAGAAGUUGUGAAAAGAAAAGAAACUGAAACUUCAAUUACUGAAAAUGUUGGUCAUAAAGACUCUUUACAAGAGUUCAGUCACACAGUACCAGUACGUAAACCAAAUACUAAAGUAGAUGUAUCACCGUUGAGGGAACGCAUGGCAAACAAUUUUGCAUCCAAAAAGCUUUUGGUUAAAGUAGUUAAAGCAGAAAAACUGUCAGUUAAAAGCAUUUCGGGUGCUUACUGCGUUGUAGAAUUGGAUGAACCUUAUCAAAGACAUUCGACUCAUUGUUCCAUGUCUGGGCAGUUAUUUUGGGAUCAACACUUGUUGUUCGACCUUAAUAACAACUCCAAACGAAUCGCACUUGAAAUUUUCGAGCUAGGCAAACGAAAAAAAUCGUAUUCACGAGGUCGCGCAGAACUAUUGUUAAUACACUUGCUAACUAAACCUAAUUCUGAUGGAGAUAUGGAAACGAAUUCCGUCAAUAUAAGUGAUACUAUUCGACGUCAAAUACCACUCAUUGAUCGAUCAGGUAGUUUGCUCGAAGGUACAAGUACGUCUAAUAUUGUUGCUUCACCUGCGGUGCAGUCUGUCAGCGGAGGAAACAGCCUUUCCGUAACCAACCAAAGUAUAUCUACUAAUACAAAUGCUGCUGGUCAGCCCUCUGAGAAUUCGAUCCCCAGUAUCAUAGCAGAGUUCAAUUUUAUGGAAAAAGCUACCGAAGAUUUUCGCUCACGUGCAUCGCCUGGUUCUUCACAAAUACGUUUCUCUUCUUCACGGACCACACAACCUCCAAGUAUUCAUAAUCCCAACCAAGAUCAUCAACCAACAGAUCAUUGCUGUGCAUUUUCACAUUCCGCUUCUUCAGAAUUUCCCAAUGUCAAAUCUACAUUCUUGACACAUAAUAAAAAUAUAACCGAACACAUAAUGCAAUCUGUGGUUGAGCAUAUUCAAACUGAUUCUGGCGAGGAAACGGAUAAUUUGUCCACAUCAAAAGACAGUGAUGUUGUUAGACAAUCAUCAAAAGACACAACUAAUGAGAUCAAGGUUGGUGGGAUAUUAAAAACAGGGAACCUUUCAUCUCCAAUUUCUUGUCGAAAAGCCAAUUAUGAAUUACAUACUAUUCGUAGUGUGGAUGAAGAACAUCCUAGCAUACCAUCAUCUCCUUUAAUUUAUGAUACAACAAAGUUGUCAGAAACCAGUUCUGAAGGUCAUGGUUCUUCUUGUGAUUUAAAUGAGCAAUUUAAGGAGUCCGUUUCUUCUAAUGAGCAACAUGUAUUUCAAGGAGUAUCAGAAUCAGACCGCUACUUUGGUUGAUGCCAAUUCAUCGUAUGGAAGUAAAAUAGAUUCCAAACAGGGUGAUAUUUUAUGUAAACGCUCAGCUCUACUUGGUUCUACUGGUACUAAUUUAUCGAAUAAUUUAGAAUCAGCAAGUAUUUUACUUCGGGUUGAUUCACCAGUAAGCUUAGAUAGCCCAUCUGUGUCAUCAAGACCCCACUCUUUAGCCAGUCGUUUAAAACCAACACGUAUAUUGAAUUCAAGUGUUUUACGUUCAGGAAGACGUUCAACAACAGAUGAGCCAACUGGUAGUUGUGGUAAUGUCAACUCUUUGGCAUUACUCGGUCCUUCACGUCAACUUGCUGGUGUGGUGGCAGGUUUAAGCUCUUUAGCUUCAGAUUCUACGACAGCGCCUUCUGCAGCUGCACUUGCUUCCGCUAUGGCUGUUGUCGGUGCAACUGGGAAUUGGCAACCUCAAUUACCUAUCGAUUCGGAUACUGCGCAAUUACUUAGUGGUUCUACAGUGUUUUCGGAUUUAUUAUCUAGAAGAGAUAGUAAAUUAGAAGCAUCUGAUGAUUCAUCAGUUCCUCCACAUUCUAAUGUAUCAUCUUUCGGUCCACCUGUACAUUUUGUACCACCUCCUACUUAUGUUGCCGCUGGUAAGUGGUUAAGAAGAUUUUCUUUCUAAAUAAUCAAUACAAAGAAUUUUAAAAUGUGAAUGUUCUUUUUAUUUUAACAAAAUAAAUCUUAGUAAGUUUGGUAAAGUAUACAUUUGUUAUAUUCACUAGAAUUUGCAACAUAUGGCAAUUUUUCUAUUCUUUUAGUUCUCUUUCAUGCAUUUAGUUAACUUUAUGUCUAAAAAUAGUUAUUUUAAUUAUCGUUAAGCAUUAGGGAAACAAGGAAUAUUUCAAUGUUCUACAUUUCUUUAAAACUGAUUUAAAAUUGAUUGGGAUUCUUCUUGUCAUGAUUUAGAAAUGAUAGAUUUCGGUAUACUAAAAACUCCAUAAAUGAUGUAGUAUAAUCCAACGUUGUUUACUUCAUUCUAUUUUAAUUGAAUUGUAAGUAAUAACAAACAGAAGUUGUUGCUUCUACUUGGUUUUUGGAGAUAUGUAGAGUAGUGAAUGGUUUAUAUACUUUUGCUAUUAUUAAUUUUUCUUUGUACUAGGGAUUGUUCAAUUUCUGUUAAUAAAUAUUAAUGUCUUACUGUUAACGAUAACUGUGAAUACUGUUUUUUUCUAAUUCGAAUGUUCACUUGACCUUCACCCUUUUUCUGAUUGGUUGUUACUACUUUCGGUGUACUAAUUUUCUGUGCGUUUUAAAGUUUUGUUUUUGUUGCCAUAUAUAACUAUAUAUUAGUCUGCUUGAAUAUAGAGUUUUCCUACACUUACGUACCCCUUCAUAAUAGUGGAUAAUUACUGAAGUACUGUAUGCCGGUUGCUAUCUUCUCGAGUUCCGCCAUAUAACCAUUCUGUGUUAGGUUAGGUUUGGUCGUUCCAAACUUAACAAAUACCGUAGGCCAGUACCUAGGCUCAACCUUAAGAUGUAACACUUUCUCUAAUAAGUACAUGUAAAUUGAUGAUAUAUAAAACCUAUCUUUCUUUCUAUUGAACUGUUUUCUGUAUACAGAAAUCCGUGUUUUCCACAAAUGAAUAUAUAUUUUAAAGUUCAAAAUUUUAUUUUCAGAAAUUAAACGGGUAAUAACUUGUAUGUAUCUGUGUAACUAUAAAGGAAGGAAAAUGCUACUAAUUAAUUUUAAAAACUAUUACUACGUUUACUCUUGUAUUUUCUAAAAAAAAUAGAACUAGGGUGGUUUAAUGUAAAACUUUCUUGUAACUCAGUUUAAUAUUUAUGCUGUUGAAGAUAUAUUACUUAACUAUGAAAUGAUAUAUGUUUGGUGUUUUUUAUGAUAUCAAAUUAUAUUUCGAACUCAUCCUAAAUGAUUUUUUAAAACAAACACUCAUUUUUCAUAGGUUGUAUUCGUCACAGAUUAAUCUCAGUUGGAACACAACUAGAGAGUACUGAACCAUAGUAUGGAGCUACUCAACAAUGUGUUCCCACGACCCUACCGGCGUUUGAACCUAGAACUUUCAGGUCUCGCAGGAAAUGCUUAAUCAUUAGAACGACUAAGUGAACAUUCAACGGUACAACUUUAAUCGACUUGUAAAAUAGUGCGACAAUCAUGCACUGCCACUAAUGACAACUGCUUCAUUUCUGUUUUCAAUGGUACUUCUAACUGAAAUCAAUCUGUGAUUAACACAACUCGCAUACUGAACUAAUUUCUACAAAACCCUUUCAACUAAAUUCUUAUUUUCUCUGUAUGUUUAUAGACAGUCCUGGUACAUUCACAGCUUUGAGUCAGCCACGUCGUUCAGAUGCUUCUAAUCUAAGUCUUUUUAGGAUAUUUCGUCAUAAAAAGAAGCGGUUUCGUUCUGUCGGUGCUGAAAAGUUAGUUUACUGGGAGACAAAUAAUUUGGAUGAUUUGGAUGCAAUUUCCACUGAAGGUUAUCAUCGUAUACUCCAGGAUGACGACUGUGAAAUAUGCGAUAUUGAUCAAUCUAGAAAUAAAUAAUCAAUAAUUGGGAUUAUCUGAUAUGUUAGUUUCAUAUACUAAAUAACAAAAAUGAAGAAAUAUAUACUACUGUCAUGGUAGUUUUCCAUGAACUUUUCUCUCCUCGAAACCAAAUAUUCAUAUCCUGUUUGAGAAUGCCGAUCUUUACCUGUAAACGAUUUUAACACUAAUAUAAUAUUCUUGAUCUACUUAUUUCUUUCCAGUCCUAUACUAUGUACUAAGUAAACGAACUUGCAAAAAGUUUAUGAUUAUUUCCAUAUAUAUAUUGUGUUAUAAUGUCUUGUAAUUUCCAGAAAACUUUCUUUUAUUGUGUUACUUACUGUUUAAACCAUAAUACAAUCUUUUCAAAUUAUAUAAAUAUUUAAAUGCAAAUAAUAUUUGAAUAUUCUGUGAGGAUUUUUAAACUGCUGAAAUAUACAUAUUUCUCCUGAAUUUUUACUUC